GCUAAACAAAUACAAUUCCAAGAAUAAUUUACCCAGUCAACAAUCAACACCAAAAAUAACAAAUAAAAAAAUAAAAAUCCAAUAACCCCAAAAUUGAUUCACCAAAUUCAUCUCCAUAACUGCUCCAUUUCCCAGUUUCUGAACUGUGACAAAGAAAAAGAAAGAAAAAACACUUUUUUUUUUGUUUUUGUCUUUUGGGUUUCAAUUUCAUUAAAAGUUCAAUCUUUGGUGUUUGGGGAUUAUUGAAAAAGUGAAGAGAGCGUGUGUGGGGAUAUACUUUAUUUUGUAAACCCCAUUUGGUAUGGUUGUUUAGUGGAAGAGCAAAGUUGAAAAAGGUGGGGUUUUCUUGAAUUUAAUACUGAAGGUUUUUAUUGAUAUAAUUUUCUGUUUCCAGUGGCUUUACAUGUAUACAUCUGGGUUUUUAAGUCAAAAGGCUCAAACUUUACACAUGGGUUUUUGCAAAAGUUGUUGAAUUUUGAGGAACUGGGUUUUUCUCUCUGAGUUGAUUCAGUUGAAAAAAGUGUCCUUCUAGCCCCUUUCUUGAAGGUGGUAGGUAACUGAGUAAUUUCUUGAAUUAUUUGAUGAAGUAAUUUCAUCAUUUGUGCUGACCCUUUUGAAAAGCUGAGCUUGUGGUAUGAGGGUUUCAGCUGAGGUGGAAGAUUUUACUUUGGUUUGAUGACUUUACUCAGUUUUGGUUGAUCUUUCUGUUGAGUAUUUACUUGUUAUUUAUAUAAAGUUUCAAAUUGAAGAGAAAUAUGAUCAAGAUAUUUGGCAAAAAGAACUCUAAGAAGCAGUCAAAGACAGCUGGUACUUCUAGUUCAAGUUCUUCAACUAGCAGUUCAAAGAAAAGUGAUGGAGGAAAUAAAAAAGUUGGAGUAUCAGCCAGUACUGUUAUUUCAGCCCCUUAUUCUGUUUCAGCUUCAGGAUAUGGAAUGGGGGAUAAGUUUGUUCGAGAUGGGAGUUUUAAGGUGAAUGGGAAUCUGGUUGUAGCUUCUUAUGAUGCAUUGCCAAAUUUUAGGGAUGUUCCCAAUUCUGAGAAGCAGAACUUGUUUAUUAGGAAGCUCAGCAUGUGUUGUGUUUUGUUUGACUUCACUGAUCCUACAAAGAACCUUAAAGAAAAGGAGAUCAAGCGGCAGACAUUGUUGGAGCUCGUGGAGUACGUGACUUCUGCAAAUGUAAAAUUUACAGAAGUGGUGAUGCAAGAAGUAGUAAAAAUGGUGUCUACAAAUUUGUUCAGGGAACUCAUGCCUCAGCCUCGGGAGAACAAGGUGUUGGCCUUUGAUGUGGAAGAGGAUGAGCCUGCAAUGGAUCCUGCAUGGCCACAUCUGCAGAUUGUGUAUGAGUUUCUUCUAAGAUUUGUUGCAUCACCGGAAACUGAUGCAAAAAUUGCUAAAAGAUAUGCAGAUCAUUCCUUUGUUCUCAGAUUGCUUGAUCUUUUUGAUUCUGAGGACCCUAGAGAGAGGGAGUACUUGAAAAUAAUACUGCACCGUGUCUAUGGGAAGUUCAUGGUACACCGACCUUAUAUUAGGAAGGCUAUUAAUAACAUAUUUUACCGUUUCGUUUUUGAGACUGAAAAGCAUAAUGGGAUUGCAGAGCUUCUGGAAAUUCUGGGCAGCAUAAUCAAUGGGUUUGCUUUGCCACUAAAAGAAGAACACAAGCUUUUUCUUGUGCGGACGCUGAUCCCCCUGCAUAAACCCAAAUGCUUAGCCAUGUACCAUCAACAGUUAACUUAUUGUAUGACACAGUUUGUGGAGAAAGACUGCAAGCUUGCUGAUACAGUUAUUAGGGGAUUGUUAAAGUAUUGGCCAGUAACAAAUAGCUCAAAGGAAGUCAUGUUCCUUGGUGAGUUGGAGGAAAUCUUGGAAGCUACUCAGCCACCAGAUUUCCAAAGGUGUAUGGUGCCAUUGUUUCGUCGAAUUGCUCAUUGCUUGACUAGUUUGCAUUUUCAGGUGGCAGAAAGGGCUUUGUUUUUGUGGAACAACGAUCACAUUGAGAAUUUGAUAAAGCAAAAUCGAAAGGUGAUACUGCCUAUCAUCUUUCCUGCACUGGAGAGAAAUGGCAGAAACCAUUGGAAUCAGGCUGUUCACAGUUUGUCGCUGAAUAUUCGGAAGAUAUUCUAUGAUCUUGAUCCUGAGUUAUUCAAGGAGUGCUUGCACAAGUUUCAGGAAGACGAAUUAAAGGAAGAUGAGAUUAAAUCAAGACGUGAAGCUACAUGGAAACGAUUGGAAGAUGUUGCUGCCAAAAAUUCUACAAGUAAUGAAGCUGUGCUUGUGCCGUCCACUGGGCAUUCUCGAACCUAAUAUUAAGAUAUGCUUGUUCUUCUUUUUGAUAUUUCUGGUUAGUUAACAUUUUGGAAGCAGUGAAUUUAUCAAGAGGAGGAGGGAUUUUUUGUUUCAUUGGCUUUUUCAUCCUGAUAGCUGUAGUUGUAACUAUAAUUUGUUUAUAUGUUUUAACUUUGGAAAUGAUAAGGGAGCAAGUAUGGUUAUCAUCAUUAUACUUGUUUGAAAUA